AUGGCGGAGAGUCUUCCAUCUCUUAGCUUGCAGACGCCCCAGACAUUCCCCAAGUUCCCUUACGAUGUGCCCUACGACAUUCAAGUCUCGCUCAUGGCCCAUGUUUAUGAGUCGAUAGAGCAACGUAAAGUGGCCAUUGUCGAGAGCCCAACGGGAACCGGAAAGACAUCGAGUCUGCUAUGUGCUACUCUCACCUGGCUCGACGAUGACCGCGACCGCGCACGCAAGGGCCAACUAGAAGCCGCAUCUGGUGCGGGAUCCGGAGAGCCGGAUUGGGUGCUUGAACAGACACGCGAACGUUUGAGGCGUGAGCUAGAACGUGCAGAUGCCGAAUAUGCGGAGAAGUUGGUUGCCGCACGGAAGCGAGAAGAAAUACAACGUAGGAAAGCUACUGCGAGGGUACGAAAGAAACAGAAGAUAGAAGUGGAACACGACUCGGACUCGGACGAGGAUUCGUUCCUACCAGAAGAUGACGCGAAGAGCAGCAAGAACGCUGCGGCAUACUGGCUAGAAGUGUUGAACCCAGCAACUCGCGAUGAGAAUGAAGCUACUGCAUGCACCAAGAUCUUCUACGCCUCACGUACUCAUUCCCAGCUCACUCAGGUGAUCCCAGAGUUAAGGAAGCUUCGCCGUUUUGUCAACCUCUUGCCGUCGUCAAGUGAUGAAACGAGAAACUCAGUCAACUCCAUCGGCAAGAAGCGCACUCACGACGCGCUGACCUCCCCCGAGUUGCCUUCUUCGGUUGACAGGGAAUCACGCAUAGUCACUCUCGGAUCACGCAAACAGCUCUGUAUAAACGAUGAAUUGAAAGCGAAGGGUGGCGAUCUGGACGAGAACUGCCGCGACCUCUUACAAGCCGGAGAAAAGCGCUGCCAGUACAUGCCUCCGAUAGGCGAAAACGGUCCCUUGAGCGACUUGCGAGACCAGAUUCUGGCCUCUCCGAAGGAUAUCGAAGAUCUUGUACAGGCUGGACAAAGCGCCCACACAUGUCCAUACUUCGCUUCAAGAGCUGCUAUACCUCAGGCAGAGCUCGUCACUCUGCCCUACAACCUUCUGCUACAAGCGAAUGCCCGCGAGGCGCUCAACAUCGACCUUGCAGGGAACGUGGUCGUCGUCGACGAAGCUCAUAAUUUGACAGCAGCGCUACUGCAACUUUCUUCGGUGUCCGUGCCGCUUCGGACGCUAGAGCUGUGCAUCGAGCAGUUGGGGAACUAUCUGAAGAAGUUCAGGAACAGACUUGCUUCACGGCAUCGUCUACACCUUGAUAGGCUUCACAAACUCAUGGAAGGCAUCCGGAAGAUCAUGCUCAAGUGGAAGCAGUUGGAGCUACCCGAAGUUGCAACCGUACAGGACGUGAUCUCUCGCUUUGAUCGCAAUCUCGACGGCGUGAACGUGCUCGAGAUUGAGACCUAUCUGAAGAGCAGCAAGAUUGCUCGCAAGAUAUCUUCGUAUGCAGACAAGCAAGCGGACCGUGAUGCGGAUACUGCCGCGAAAGGCAAACCCGGGAGAGGUCCUCGCAAGCCACAGUCCAGGGGCCAACCGGCCCUGUACGUCGUUCAAGGUCUUAUAACCGCUCUUGCAGAGGCGAAUGAUGACGGACGUUUUGUGCUCGUGGCAACUGGCCAGGGCGAUUCCCAAUCACUUGAGAUCAAAUACAACUCCCUCAACCCUGCGCCGCAUUUCAAACAUGUCGUGGACACCGCACGCUCCGUGAUCCUUGCUGGUGGCACCAUGUCGCCAAUGUCCGAUCUUGUGAACAACCUCUUCCGUCACGUACCUCGCGAGCGUAUAUCGACUUUCUCAUGCGGGCAUAUCAUACCUGCAGCCAACCUACAAACUCUCGCGCUGUCGAAGAGCCCUCGCGGAGGUGACCUCACGUUCAAGUUCGCAACCAUGAGCGACCCUGCCGUAAUCACUGACUUAGGGCAAGUGUUGCUGAACAUGGCUAGAGUUGUUCCCGGCGGGAUGGUUGUCUUUGUACCGUCAUACAACUUCUUGAACCAAGUUAUGAAGACGUGGAAGGAGAAGAAGCUCCUCGAGAGCUUGAACAGCAAGAAGAAGGUCUUCGUGGAACCCAAUACUACCACCGAGGUGCCGACGGUCCUUCAUAGCUAUGCAACAGAAGUCCACAACAACGCUUCUGGUGCUCUCCUGUUCGCAGUCGUGGGGGCAAAGCUUUCCGAAGGUCUGAACUUCUCGGACGAUCUAGCGCGCAUGGUUGUCAUUGUCGGUCUUCCCUUUGCCAACCUGGGGUCUCCGGAGCUUCAAGAGCGCCUAAAGUACGCAGACCGUUUGGCGGGUCACAAGCCGCCUGCUGGAUCAAGCUACGGUACCGCGGGCAAGGAGCUGUACGAGAACCUGUGCAUGAAUGCGGUCAAUCAAAGUAUCGGUCGUGCCAUCCGUCAUAAGAACGACUGGGCCGCCCUAGUCCUCAUCGAUGCGCGCUAUCAGACGCAGAGGAUAUCUGACAAACUCCCAAAGUGGAUCGGGAGGACGCUCGUUGCGCCUCAGAACUUUGGCCAGGCGAUGAAGAUCGCAGGGCAGUUCUAUAGCAGUAAGAAGGCCGCCAAGAUACUAUAG